AAAAAUUGGAUGAUGGGGAGAAAAGUCAAGAAAAUUGCUGAAGAGGUAAUCUUAGCAUAUUUUGCGCAUCAUUCUAAAACGCUUAAACCAUCGACGAUGUGGAGUAAAUAUUCAAUGUUACGUACCACAUUACUUAUAAACGACAACGUUGACAAUAAGUAUGCAAAAGUCAUAGCUUUGCUUAUACGUCAAGGAAAUGGGUAUAAACCAAAGAAAGAUAAAAUUUUCUGUAGGAAUGACCUAAACAGAUUACUUUCGGAGGCGCCCGAUGACUAUUACUUGCAAAUGAAGGUUGCUUUAAUUAUUGGACUUGCCGGAGCUUGCCGUUGCGAUGAGCUAAUUAAAUUGACAUUGCAUGAUAUUCAGGAUAAUGGAGACAUAUUAGUUGUGAAAAUACCCGAUAGCAAAACAAAAAUGCAAAUAACAUUUGUAAUCACUAACGAAACCAUUAAUGGAACAAGUGUACAUGGAAUUUAUAGAAAAUAUGUUUCAUUACGCUCUGCUAAAACUGAACAUACAAGAUUUUUUGUUAAUUACAUAAAAGGGAAGUGCACUAUCCAAGUCAUAGGGAAAAAUACAAUUGCCAAAAUACCAUAUAAAAUUGCAAAGUACCUCGAGCUACCAGAUGCAGAAGGUUACACUGGGCAUAGUUUUCGGCGCACCUCCGCGUCUUUGUUGGUUGAUGCUGGAGGAGAUUUAUUGAGUUUAAAGAGACACGGAGGAUGGCGCUCUACCGACGUAGCCGAGGGCUAUUUAGGAGAAUCAAUCGUAAAAAAAGUAAAGUUUCUAACCAAAUUACAUGCGGAAUGCUCUCCUCAAAAGUUUCUGGAGAACAUCAAAUGA